AUGGGUUCUCGCUCUAAAAUUUGGAGUUAUUUCAAGAAGAACGAUGAUCGUGUACAAUGUAAUAUGUGUGAUUAUAAUGUUUUAUUUAAUGGAUCUACCACCAGUAAUUUGUGGACUCAUAUUAGAAGCAAACAUGUUUCAAUUUUAAAUAGCAGCAAUGUAGAUGAAGAAAUUUUUGAGACAAAUCAAAAUCAGGCCAGUUCAUCCACUACUUUGUCGACUACCACGCAACCGAAAAUUACCGAUAUUUUUUCCACUGAAAAAAACAAUCAACUUAAACAAGAGAAAAUUACACAAAUCAUUACAAGAAUGAUAUGUCAGGAUGAACUGCCAAUUUCCUUUGUCGAAAAUGGUGGAUUCAAACAACUUCUAUCAUACCUUGCCCCUUGGUAUAAAAUCCCUGUAAAAAAAACAAUAAAAUUACGAAUCGAUGCCCUGUAUGACAUAGAGAAAAAAAAAAUUAUGAAAGAUAUGAGUACAAUCGAUGAUAUAGCACUAACUACCGAUUGUUGGAGCUCCCGAGCAACAGAAUCAUACAUAACAUUUACAGCUCAUUAUAUAACACCGGAAUGGAAACACUUUGCUUCUAAUAUCACAACAGAGCAUAUGGAAGAACGACAUACAAUAGCAAAUUUACAGGACAAAAUUGAUAAAAUUCUAAUCGAAUGGAAAAUUAAACCAAAAAGUAGAGCAAUUGUUCACGACAAUGCUGCAAAUAAAGUUGGGGCAGCCAAAAAUUUUCCAUAUUCGAUUAGUUGUUUUGCUCAUUCUCUGCAACUGGCUUUGAAUAAAAUAUUACUUGAACCAUACAGCAAAGACAUUAUUAAUUAA